UUCAUAUUUAUGAACUAAAUUAAACAGCUCUAACUUAGAGAACCACCCAAAAAUGCCUCCCAACACUCCCAUUUUCGUCUCUCUUCUGUUCCUAAUUUUUCCCUUCUUCAUUCAACAAUCUAAUGCUUACAUGGAGCUUAGACCUGACUUUUACGAUGAGUCGUGCCCCCGUUUGCCAAUGAUAAUUCGGUAUCAUAUUUGGGCCGCUGUCCAAAAUGAUUCUAGAAUGGCUGCAUCACUAUUGCGGUUGAAUUUUCACGACUGCAUUGUAGACGGAUGUGAGGCAUCAGUGUUGCUUGAUGAUACGAGAGAUAUGAAAGGAGAGAAAAAUGCGCCGGGUAACGUGAAAUCGCUUCGAGGAUUUGAAGUGAUUGAUGGGAUAAAAGCAGAUCUAGAAACAUAUUGCCCACAGACAGUUUCAUGUGCUGAUAUUGUGAAUCUUGCAGCUAGAGAAGCUGUGUAUUUGGUUGGAGGGCCAUUUUGGCACCUUCCACUGGGACGUAGAGAUGGUUUAACCGCAAGCUUAAAAUCAGUGCUGGCUCAGCUCCCAUCUCCCAAGGCAUCUCUAGAGAACAACACCGCCAAGUUCAUCUCAAAAGGCCUGGACUUAAAAGAUCUCGUCGUCCUUUCAGGAGCCCACACCAUCGGCUUCGCCCGCUGCGUCACAUUCAAAGCCCGUCUCUUCAACUACAAAGGCUCCGGAAACCCAGAUCCUGACAUAAACACCGCAAUGCUCUCCGAUCUCCGGUCCAUGUGCCCCAACAGGAACGACGGCACCGGGGCCAAUUUGGCGCCGCUGGAUGUGGCCAGUUACGACAGGUUCGACAACGAGUAUUUUACCAAUCUGAUUGGCAAUGUUGGGCUUUUAGAGUCGGAUCAGGGUCUGAUGGCGGACCCCCAGACGGCGAGAAUGGUUAGAGAAUACAGUUUUGAUCCGAAUCUGUUCUACGAAGACUUUUCGGAGUCGAUGAUGAGGAUGAGUUUGGUUGGGGUUAUGACUGGCCGUGAAGGGCAGAUUCGAAAGCAAUGUGGCGUUGUUAAUAAUGAUGAUGGGUAUUGAAAAUUAGAGCAGGGGAUAAAGGAAGAAUAUGUCUGAUGUAAAAUGUCUUUCAUUGAAAAAGUUAUAAAAGAAAAGAUUUAAGAUUUGCCUUUGUUACGAAGAUAAUAUAUACAUAAAAGUUAGAGAAGCUAGUUUUGCUCUCCAAAUUUGCCA